GGAGAUUCAAUUUUGGAAAACAGCAUCAUUUGUCAUGUGCUUUUAUUAAGUCUUAAAGUUCUCAACUAUGUCUUCAGCUUAGGAGAAAUCCUGAAGAUGGCCAAAGAUGACUCCACUGUCCGUUGCUUCCAGGGCUUGCUGAUUUUUGGAAAUGUGAUUAUUGGUAUGUGCGGCAUUGCCCUGACAGCAGAGUGCAUCUUCUUUGUAUCUGACCAGCACAGCCUCUAUCCACUGCUGGAAGCCACCAACAAUGAUGACAUCUUUGGGGCUGCAUGGAUCGGCAUGUUUGUUGGUAUCUGCCUUUUCUGCCUGUGCAUUCUAGGCAUCGUGGGCAUCAUGAAGUCCAACAGGAAAAUCCUUCUGGCGUAUUUCAUUCUGAUGUUUAUAGUAUACGGCUUUGAAGUGGCAUCUUGUAUCACAGCAGCGACACAACGAGACUUUUUCACACCGAACCUCUUCCUGAAACAGAUGCUGGAGAGGUACCAGAAUAACAGCCCUCCAAACAAUGAUGACCAAUGGAAAAACAACGGAGUCACCAAAACCUGGGAUAGGCUCAUGCUCCAGGAUAAUUGCUGUGGUGUCCAUGGCCCAUUAGACUGGCAGAAAUACACAUCAGCCUUCCGGACACAGAAUAACGACGCCGACUAUCCCUGGCCUCGCCAGUGCUGUGUCAUGAACAAUCUUAAAGAACCUCUCAACCUGGAAGCUUGCAAACUAGGGGUGCCUGGCUAUUAUCACAAUCAGGGCUGCUACAACCUGAUUUCUGGACCAAUGAACCGACAUGCCUGGGGAGUUGCCUGGUUUGGAUUUGCUCUUCUCUGCUGGACAUUUUGGGUCCUUCUGGGUACCAUGUUCUACUGGAGCAGAAUUGAAUAUUAAGAACACUUGACUCCAGAUUAGGAGCUGGAACCAGCUCUAUUCCACAACUGGACUUCACAGUGACCUGAGCAGGACUCAGCCUUCCCAGUUGAGGGUAAAGAGUGUCUUAGGUGCUCAGUCUCCUGAAAUUCUUCUAACUAGUGUUUUUCACCCUGAUCUACGAUUCAGUUACAAUCUUCUAGACAGAUGUGUAAAGUGGAUGACAACUCCCAUCCCAGGUUAUUGUGGAGAUGUAAAUACAUUCAAAGGAACCCGUGUUGUUACAGUCAGUCAGGUAUAUAUUUAGGUGGCACAUCAUCCUGUAUUUCUGUUUUCUAAAAUGAACCUUCCAAGGCUUCUCUUGAUUUCAGCCCUGAGCAGGUGAGAUAAGUAAAGAAAUGAGAGUUGAGGUAUAUCCUUUGCCCCUUGUUCUGUGGUGGCUGCUGUCUCUAGAGACCUGAUCACAUCUCUUGAUGUCACCUUCACAUUCUUUAAUUCUCUAGAACAAUCCCCCAACCUUGAGCUAGCAAUGGUCCAAAUUUCCUCCCAUACCUUACAGAGUGGUAUGUGUAUAGUAAUUUCAAUUCUCCAAAAGAGGACUAUGAAAGACUAAGGGGAAGCCUGUUGCAUAUUUACCAAAGCUUUGCUCUCAAUGGUCCCAACUCACACACCUUUCAAACAGGAGAAAGGCAAGCUGGCUCUUGGCAAGAGUGGCUUAUGGGGAUCUGUGUUUCUGUCACAACAUUUCUUCUCUGAACAGCUUCCAGUUACAGCCCUGAAGGAAGUUCUUAUAAAGCAACAUUUUUAUGUC